AUGUCGGUGACGGUGGAGGUCGUCGACGAGGAGUCGAAUGGAAUUCCGAUGACCGAUCAAUCCUCCGCCACCCCACUUCCAAACGGUAAGCAGUAGAACACGCAACACAAUUUGUUCGAAAAUUAAAAGUUUGCUAGCGUGUCGUGCCAUAAUCGUCCGUGUGUGGUGGCAUAUCAUUUUCCUAAUCACCCAUUGAUAAUCUCAUUUUUUACAGUCGACGCCGUGAAAAAGGACGCAGUCGUCGAAACGAAAGAAGAAAAAGGAGAGGAAGAAGAAGAAGGUACGAAAGAAUUGGUCAGGGCAAACAACGCGCUUUUUUCGUACUCUUGUUGCUCCUGUGAGCGCUACCAGUCACCACCUGAGCAAAUAGAAAAACUGACCGUCCUAAAAUAG